AUGCUCCGGGCCCUCCAGCCGCGGCCGUGGACCUGCCACAGGUGUCUUCUGCGUAUAAACGUUGGCACUUCUCGAUGCUACUCGGUGGCCGUACCAGAGCGCACGAGACUCGACCCAGCUAUAGCAGGCCUAUCUGGAACUAAGAGACACGAUGAUACCAAUCUACGGCUUGUCUUUGACUCGAAUUCGUUCUGGCGCGAGUUUACCCAGCGGCAAUCGGCCUCCUCGAGGCGUACAGGCUUACUGCAGAACCAGUAUCUCACGAACCCAGAAGGCUUCCGCAAAUUCGCCCAUAUCUCGCUUCACAAAUGUCAGAAGAUCGUUGGCAAGGUGCUAGCAGCGUCAACUAUGGAGGAUUUCAGGCGGAUGGCUAAGGAUCUUGACCAAUUGAGUGACUUGCUCUGUCGAGUGAUAGACAUGGCCGAGUUCAUGAAGACAAACCAUCCCGAUCCCGCAAUACAAGAGGCUGCUACGGAGGCAUUUGCGUUUAUAUUCGAGUAUAUGAAUAUUCUCAACACAACUCCUGGUCUCCAUGAGCAGUUAAAGCGGGCCAUCGAGAACCCCGAGGUUACCUCCCACUGGAGCGAGGAGGAAAACGUUGCAGCCACUGCGUUUCUACGAGACUUUGCAAAGUCUGCCAUUCAUCUACCCCCUGAAGAUAGACACCGAUUUGUGACUCUGUCAAACGAAAUCAGCCAGCUUGGCCCUGAUUUUGUCAAAAACAUGAAUCCAGAAACGUCUCAGCUUAGCUUUAGCAAAAACCAGCUUCAGGGAAUGGACCCAGAUCUUCUUCGGAAGCUGAAACGCUGGUCAAAAGUGACUAUUCCAAUGUAUGGGUCUACUCCAAAGGCUGCGUUAAGUACGGUUGAGGAUGCGGAGGUCAGGCGACAGAUUCAUCUUGCCUAUCGAACUUCUUCCCGAGAGCAGAUCGGACGGCUGGAGACGUUACUCCAGCGGAGAGCUGAGCUGGCCAAACUGUCUGGGUACCAGAGCUAUGCCCAUAUGACAUUGAGUGAUAAAAUGGCCAGAACUCCGGAGGCUGUGGUCAACUUCCUAUCUUCGUUAAAUGCAAGCAACCGUGGUCAGCUAGACGAUGAAUUGUCCCAACUACUUGCGCUCAAGCAAAUUGAAUCCCCACUGGCAACUAACCUUCAACCCUGGGACUACUCAUACUAUAUGGAAAAAUAUUAUAUUAAACACGGCCUGGCGAGAAGAUCGCGGGAUACUGAUUUGCUUCCUUCGUUCUUCUCUCUAGGGACAGUAAUGCAGGGACUUUCUCGUCUUUUCACGCGCCUAUACGGUGUCAGGUUUGUUCCGAGCGAAACCUUACCAGGCGAGACUUGGAAUCCAGACGUCCGUAGACUGGAUGUGUUGGAUGAAGAUGACAACCACAUCGCCGUUGUAUACUGCGAUCUCUUUUCGCGCCCUGGAAAAAGCCCUAACCCGGCUCACUUCACCUUACGAAGCUCGAGGGAGAUUUCUCCAGCUGAGAUAGCAGAAUGUGCUUCGCUACCCGACUCACCACACCCCAACGAUGGGAUGGCUACAGGUUUGAAGCCAGGUACGAACCGCCUCUAUCAGCUACCGACUAUUGCUCUUAUAUGCGACUUUGAUACACCAACCUCUAGUACUCCUUCUGCGAAACCAUCUCUCCUCUCGGAACAUAGCGUCAGAACCCUUUUUCACGAAAUGGGACACGCUAUACAUUCAGUACUUGGCCGCACGGAUCUCCAAUCGAUUUCAGGAACCCGUUGCGUCACCGACUUCGCGGAGCUGCCCUCCGUGCUGAUGGAAAGCUUUGCCAUGGACCCACAGGUUCUGCGCCUAUACGCUCGGCACUGGUCAACCGACGACCCACUGCCCGAAGACAUGGUUCAAAAUAUUCAUCGAAACCGCCAAAACCGUGAUAGCAUACAUGGCGGCAUGGAUAAUGAAACGCAGAUCAUCAUGGCGUUAAUGGACCAGGCCUACCACACCACUUCCGCCGGAUGCCACAUCGACAGCACUGCUAUCCUUCAUGCUGUAUCCUCCAAACACAGCAGCAUACCCGACCCAGCUGACUCUAAAACUGCGUGGCAAGGCUAUUUUACUCAUUUGUUUGGUUAUGGCGCAACUUAUUAUAGUUACCUGUUCGACCGGGCAAUAGCCAAUAAGAUCUGGACUGAUGUGUUUGGGAGUGGCGAUCUUUCUGUCGAUAGGAACGCCGGCGAGAGGUUCAAAAAUGAGGUACUCAGAUGGGGUGGAGGCCGUGACGGUUGGAGCUGUGUUGCUGGCGUCCUCGGAGCAAGCAAUCCUGCCAAUUCUAAUGGAAGACUAGCUGAGGGUGGCGAGGAGGCUAUGCGAGAAGUUGGCCGUUGGGGUCUUGGCAAGACAGGAAGUUCAGAACCAUGA